AUGUCGCACAUCACCCUCGCGCAGCAAGGCCUCGCCGCUGUGGAAGCGCAGAAGUGGGAGGAAGGACUGGGCAAGCUCUCGCGGGCGCUGCAGUCAUCCUCUAACCCAGCAUGGCUCAUCGCCCGCUCGAAGGCGCUCAUCCACCUCAAGCGCUUCCAGGAGGCGCUCGACGAUGGUGAUCGUGCCUGGCAUGCCGCUUACGAGCGGAACAAGCGGCCUCUCAUGGUCGAGGCUCACUACCGACGGGCCGUGGCCUACUUCCGUCUGGGUCAGCAUGCCAACGCCGACUGCUGCUGCAUCUACGCCAUGCGUCUGAUCAAAGGCUCGUCGGCCGUGGAGAAGGCCGAUCCGAAGGAUGCCAACGUCGACGACCGAGGCUACUGGACGCCAACGCUGCAGGACGCCAUGGAGGAAGGCAAGGCCGACAGCUACAACCAGAGCGACCGGGUCGGCGACAUGAGUCUUGGGAUGAAGCGCGAAGGCUCACAGGCACAGGUCGGGGAGUGGCGCCUGGCCAGCACGCUGCGGAUGCAGAUUCUGCGCGCCAUGGAGAGCCUGCCGCAGGAGGACGAGGCACGAAGGCCGACGACAACGCUCGUUCCCGAGAAGAAGGCUCCCGCGGGAAUCGUGCAUGCCUUGACCAAGGCGGAACAAAUGAAGGCGGAAGAAAAGAAGGCGGCGGCGGCGACGGCCCCCACGGCGGCGAAGCCCGCUGUUCCCAGCGACACCCCUCUACGGGUGCAAGAGUUUCAGAGCAACGUUGACAUGUCGGUAUCCAUCUUUUCGAAGGGAAACACCAAUGAAAAGCUCACGGUCUCUUUCCUCCCCGCCGCCGUCGAAUUGGAUCAUAUCGUGUACCCGAGCGGGCAGGAAAAGCCCUUCCGGCUCGAUCUCUGGGGUGAGAUUGAUGCGGCCAAGUCAGGGUACACGGUCACGCCAAACAAGGUGGAGCUCAGACUGGCCAAGAAGAUGGCCGGAAAGUGGCCUCAGCUGCGGAAGGAGGAGAACCGCGAGGCAGGCGGGCCGACCCAAGGCAAGCAAGCCGGCAGCAGCAGCAGCGCCGUGGCAGCAAAUCCCUCGACGGUGGACAGUUCCAAGGCCACGGUAGGUGGUGCAGUCGACCAGGGCGCCGCGCAUGCGUACCCGUCGUCGCAUCGGCAAAAGGUCGCAAAGGACUGGGAGAAGAUCGAGGCGGAGGAUGAGGAGGAGGGAAAAGAUGUCAACGACUUCUUCAGGACGCUGUACAAGGGCGCGACGCCGGAUCAGCAGCGGGCGAUGAAAAAGAGCUUCCUCGAGAGCAACGGGACUUCGCUCAGCACAGACUGGAAUGACGUGAAAUCGCGCGAGGUGCAGGUGGUGCCUCCACGGGGCGUCGAGCCGAAGAAGUGGUCGCAGUGA